GAAGUCGAGCCGCCGCCGCUGGCAGUUCCGAACCCCAAUCAAAGAAGCGCAAGUACAGAAAAGACAAACCAGUUUCGUCGGAAGACAAUCCUGGUCCCUUUACUGAAGAAUCUUCGUUUGCGACACUAUUUCCCAAAUAUCGUGAAGCAUAUUUAAGAAGCCUGACGAAACCAACUAAUGCAUUUGUAUUCACCUCCCUCGAACCUCGCCAGGCGCUCGAACUUUUAACUAAAUGCUACAUAAUGGUUCAAGGAAACACAGUCUCUGCUAUGGGUCCUUACAAAGGUCUAAAAGAAGUUCGUCGCAUAAUAAUUGAUUGCAUGAAAAACAUACACCCUAUUUACCACAUAAAAGAACUGAUGAUUAAGCGAGAACUUGCAAAAGAUCCAAAUUUAAAAAACGAAUCGUGGGAUCGCUUUUUACCUCAUUUUAAGAAGAAAAAUGUUCAGAGGAAGGCGAGUAAAAAGGGAGAAGAGAAGAAAAAGAAGGAUUACACGCCGUUUCCACCUCCUCAGCAGCCUCGUAAGAUUGAUUUGCAGUUGGAAUCUGGUGAAUAUUUCUUAAAGCCGCGUGAGAAGGUUGCCAAGGCCAUGCUAUUGAAAAAGGAGAAGCAACUAGAGACUACGCUUAAGCGUAAAGCAGAACGUGAAAAGGAUUUUGUUCCGCCGGAUUAA